CGAGAGGGCGGGUCCAGUGUAUAAACCGCCAGUUUGGGACCUCUGUCCCCUCAGAGGGCGUCUGGAUCGCAGCUGGUGGCCGCGCUGUCCGCGGACGGAGGAGGCGCCUGUGUUCCUCUGCGGGGCAGCUCAGCAUGAUGGAUCAAGCCAGAUCAGCAUUUUCCAACUUGUUCGGUGGAGAACCAUUAUCAUAUACCCGGUUUAGUCUGGCUCGGCAAGUAGAUGGCGAUAACAGUCGUGUGGAGAUGAAGUUAGCUAUGGAAGAAGAAGAGAAUGCUGACCACAGCGUGAAAGCCAAUGUCACAAAACCGAAAAGACGCACUGGGACUCUGUGCUGUGCGGCCAUCGCGCUAAUCAUUUUUUUCUUAGUCGGAUUCAUGAUUGGUUACUUGGGCAAUUGCAAACGCGCAGAGCAGAACGCUGAGUGUGGCAGCCCGGCGGGAACAGAGGUGCUAGAGUCAGAAGAUGCAGAGCCAGCUGAGGAGUUGCCAGUGAUACCACCGCAGCUGUAUUGGGAAGACCUUAAGACACUGUUGUCCAAGAAACUGGAUAGCACAGAGUUCACCAACACCAUCAGGAAACUGAAUGAAAAUUCUUAUAUCCCUCGUGAGGCUGGAUCUCAGAAUGAUGAAAACCUUGCCUAUUUUAUUGAAAAUCAGUUUCAUGACUUUAAACUUAACAAAGUCUGGCGUGAUGAACAUUUUGUGAAGAUUCAGGUCAAAGACAGUGCGCAAAACUCAGUGACCAUACAGAAUAAGAACAACGAGGCACCCUUCCUGGUGGAGAAUCCUGUGGGUUAUGUGGCAUACAGUAAGGCUACCACAGUUACUGGCAAACUAAUCCAUGCUAAUUUUGGCACUAAAGAAGACUUUGAGAAUUUGAAGUCUCCCGUGAAUGGAUCCUUAGUGAUUGUAAGAGCAGGGAAAAUUACUUUUGCUGAAAAGGUUGCAAAUGCUGAACGCUUAAAUGCAAUUGGUGUCUUGAUAUACAUGGAUCAGGCGAGAUUUCCCAUUGUGAAGGCAGACCUUCCACUCUUUGGACAUGCUCACCUGGGAACCGGUGACCCUUACACCCCUGGCUUUCCUUCUUUCAACCACACUCAGUUUCCCCCGUCUCAGUCAUCAGGGUUGCCUAAUAUCCCAGUCCAAACAAUUUCCAGAGAGGCUGCAGAGAAACUGUUUGGAAAUAUGGAAGGAAACUGUCCUUCAGAAUGGCAAAUAGAUUCUUCCUGUAAGCUGCAGUUAUCCCAGGAUAAGAAUGUGAAGCUCAGUGUCAACAAUGCGCUGAAAGAGAUUCGCAUUCUCAACAUCUUUGGAGUCAUUAAAGGCUUUGAGGAACCAGAUCGCUAUAUUGUAGUAGGGGCCCAGAGAGACUCCUGGGGACCGGGAGCGGCAAAGGCCAGUGUAGGAACGGCUCUCUUAUUGGAACUGGCCCGGAUAUUCUCGGAUAUGGUCUUAAAAGGUGGAUUUAAACCCAGUAGAAGCAUCAUCUUUGCGAGCUGGAGUGCUGGAGACUUCGGAGCUGUUGGUGCCACGGAAUGGCUGGAGGGAUACCUUGCGUCUUUGCAUUUAAAGGCUUUCGCUUACAUUAACCUGGAUAAAGCUGUCCUUGGCACUAGAAACUUCAAGGUUUCUGCCAGUCCACUGUUGUAUACGCUUAUUGAGAAAACAAUGCAAGAUGUGAAACAUCCAGUUACUGGACAGUAUCUUUAUCAGGAUAGCAACUGGAUUAACAAAGUUGAGAAAUUUUCUUUGGAUAAUGCUGCUUACCCUUUCCUUGCUUAUUCUGGAAUCCCAUCGGUUUCUUUCUGGUUUUGUGAGGACACAGAUUAUCCUUACCUGGGUACCACCAUGGAUACCUACGAUACACUGAUCGGGAAGGUCCCUCAGUUGGACAAGAUGGCUCGCACAGCAGCAGAGGUGGCCGGUCACUUCAUUAUUAAACUCACUCAUGACAUUGAGUUGAACCUAGAUUAUGAGAUGUACAACAACAAAAUCCUUUCAUUUCUGAGGGAACUGAACCAAUACAGAGCGGACGUCAAGGAGCUGGGCCUGAGUUUCCAGUGGCUGUACUCUGCUCGUGGAGACUUUUUCCGUGCUACUACUAGGUUAACGACGGAUUUCAAAAAUGCAGAAAAAACCAACAGAUUUACCAUCAGGGAAAUCAAUGACCGUAUCAUGAAAGUGGAAUAUCACUUCCUGUCACCCUAUGUGUCUCCAAGGGAUUCUCCUUUCCGACAUAUCUUCUACGGCUCUGGCUCUCACACCCUGUCGGCUCUGCUGGAGAACCUGAGCCUGCGUCAUCAAAAUAACGGUGCUUUUAAUGAAACACUGUUGAGAAAUCAGUUGGGUCUAGCUACUUGGACCAUUCAGGGAGCUGCAAAUGCUCUCUCUGGCGACAUCUGGGACAUUGACAAUGAAUUUUAAAUGUGAUACUCGUAAUUUACGUUAGGAACAGCAGGGUAAUCUGGUCGAGCUAAAUUUUUAGUAGGGCUAUAAAACCUAAUGUUAAAAAUCCACCCGAGUAUCUUUAUACUACUAGAUGUCUUUAGGCAGCAACUUUUUAAUACAGGGUAGGUACUUGCACUUCAAGUUAAACUGAAUAACCACUUAAAAAAUGUCCUCGAUAGAAGAUUUUCUCCGAUUAUCUGUAGAAUUUUAAGUGCUUUAUAAUGGUCACUGCCUCUUUCCUGUUGCAGUUACAGAAAUGUCAGAACCAGUUACGAGAACUAUUGCUCUAAAUCCUAAGGACAUGAACUGGUAUCUUUUGAGGUGGGAGUUG